AGAAAACAGCCGCACUUUGUCGGCCGGGAAAAUUGAAAACCCCGGGGCUCAUUACUCUAUUGCAGGAAGUGGAAAAUUAUUCCCCUCCGUUGAUGUACGAAGCAAUAUUAUAAAUUAUAAACCUAUUCGGCUAUUCCUCUUCUCACCUACCAUCUCCCACCACCGGAGACGAACGAUAAUUAAACUACGAAACAAUCAAUCCCUGAACUCCGCUCACCGGAACUUCAUCCCAAAUCCUUAGCUCCUCCUCCUGUAACCAGCCAUGGCUUUCGAGAAGAUCAAGGUUGCUAACCCCAUCGUCGAGAUGGACGGAGACGAAAUGACGCGAAUCAUCUGGAAGUCCAUUAAGGAUAAGCUUAUUCUUCCGUUUUUGGAAUUGGACAUUAAGUACUUUGACCUUGGCCUUCCUCAUCGUGAUGCAACUGAUGAUAAGGUUACCGUUGAGAGUGCUGAGGCUACUCUCAAGUAUAAUGUUGCAAUCAAGUGUGCAACAAUUACACCAGAUGAAGAUCGAGUCAAGGAAUACACGUUGAAAAGUAUGUGGAGGAGCCCAAAUGGAACAAUCAGGAACAUUUUGAAUGGUACUGUGUUCAGAGAACCAAUUAUUUGUAAAAAUGUCCCUCGGCUAAUUCCAGGUUGGACUAAGCCUAUUUGCAUCGGUAGGCAUGCUUUUGGUGAUCAAUAUAGAGCAACAGAUUCUGUCAUUAAGGGGCCUGGCAAACUCAAAUUGGUCUUUGUUCCAGAAGGCGAAGGUGAGACUCAAGAUAUGGAAGUCUACAAUUUCACAGGUGCUGGUGGGGUAGCUUUGUCCAUGUACAACACUGAUGAGUCAAUCCGUGCUUUUGCUGAGGCUUCUAUGACCACUGCUUAUGAGAAGAAGUGGCCGCUUUAUCUUAGCACAAAAAAUACAAUUCUGAAGAAGUAUGAUGGAAGAUUCAAGGACAUAUUUCAAGAAGUAUAUGAAGCCAGCUGGAAGACAAAGUAUGAGGCUGCUGGUAUAUGGUAUGAGCAUCGGCUCAUCGAUGAUAUGGUAGCUUAUUGCCUUAAGAGUGAAGGGGGCUAUGUGUGGGCAUGCAAGAAUUAUGACGGAGAUGUGCAGAGCGAUAUGUUAGCCCAAGGCACGUUUUGGAUCUCUUGGAUUGAUGACUUCGGUACUGCUUAUUUUCUUGGUCUUGGCAUUUACCGCUGCUCAUAUUGUGUUACACUUAGUUCUGAAAUCAUUGAAGGGAGAACUUUUUACAAUUCCCCUGAUGUGUGCCCAGAUGGAAAGACUAUAGAGGCAGAGGCAGCACAUGGUACAGUCACCCGCCAUUACAGGGUUCACCAGAAAGGUGGUGAAACCAGCACAAACAGUAUUGCAUCUAUCUUUGCUUGGACAAGAGGACUUGCACACAGGGCAAAGUUGGACGACAAUGCUGCACUCUUGGAUUUCACCCAGAAGCUGGAAGCAGCAUGCAUCGGAGUGGUAGAGUCGGGCAAGAUGACCAAAGAUCUUGCUCUGAUUAUUCAUGGAUCCAAGCUGAGCAGGGACACCUACCUCAACACGGAGGAGUUCAUCGAUGCUGUUGCUGCUGAGUUGAAGGCUAAGCUCUCUGCUUGAUCAUCAAUGCCAAUCGCAGGACUCAGGAGUACACUUUGGAAAGUCUGGAGGAGAUUUGCUUACACAAAUAAUCAAAGGGUUUGGGAUAUCAGUUGGACUUACGAUCUGGGUCGGAUGUCUUCAAUCAGAUUUUUCUUUCAAUUGGAGGUUGGAUGUCAACCCGCUGCUCAUGCUGUUGCGUUUCUUUCCUGCUUAGUGGGUUGCGAAUGUGAAUGGUACUUGUUUUCAAUCAAAACUAAAUGAACAAUUUGGCUCAUGUUGGGGUUUUGAUUAGGUUUUACGUUAGUUUGCUAGUGAGAUUGCGCAACUCGACUCGGCUCAUUUGCGGUACUACAUUUGCGGUACUAGUUCACAUGCUAAAUUAUCAUCCACUCAAAAGACAUUCCACUAAUCAUUCACAAAAUCGAAACAAUAGUUCAACACAAAAUCCUCAAAAAGUUUACUACCAAGUGGAAUAGAAAAACAAGGAAAGGGAAUUUCACUUGGAAUUCCACGACUAAAACAAAUACUAACGCUGCUAAUAUUCUUUCACCACUACCAGAAACAGGGUUUUAUCACUCAAAAGCCCACUGGUUCUCCCUGCGAACCUCUUCUUCUUCCUCCGGGGUAAAGUCGUUGACGAUGUUGAAAAGCUUCCUGAUCUCCUCCGGGGUCUUGUCCUUGAUCAUGUCCGCCACGGUCUGGCAGGUAAGAUCCAGCAGAUCCUUGAUGUUCAGGUAAUUGGCAGCCAGAAUUAGGUCGAAGAGCGUCUCCUGAUCGACCUUCACGAAAUCCGCGUCCCAAGUCUUCAGGCCGUCGUCCGCGCCGGCGGCAUUGGCGGUGGCGCCGUCAGGAGACCCUUGGUGCUUCUUGCAGUACUCGAUCACCAUGGCCAGGAUCUUGCCGGUGACGUUGGGGAGAGGGAUUCCGUUGUCGGCGCAGUCGUCCUCGAUCAUGUGCUUGAUCGUCUGGGACUGCAUCGCCACCGCCUCCUCCACUUCGAACGACUCGCCGUCGCUGCUCUUCAGGGUGAUGACCUUCUUCUCUGCCGCCGCGGCCGUCGACAUUUUGGCGAUUGCUGCGAG